AUGGCGAGUACAUCAGAUGAAGCUUUAGCAGCACUUCAGCAGCUGGAGCAGAAUGGCGAUUUGAAGAAGCGACUCGCGAUCAUUCGCAUCAGCGAGCCAAUUUCCACCGAGGUGCGAGGCUCAUAUUCGUCCCCCUCAAAAAGAACCUCAGAUGUUUCUGUUUCAAACCUGGACAACCCGACUCCUGCCUCUCUGGAGGCAGACCUCGCGCAUUAUAAGGAACUAUUCUCCAAGUUGCGAUUCUCUUAUCUGGAGCAAGUCACGAAAGAAAAGUUCCUGCGCUCGAUUGUCGGCGACCCGCCCGUGAUUGUCGGACACAAUGAGAACAUAGAAUUGGAGGCACAAAUGGCUGAGGUGAAAGCCGGGCUCAAAGCACGAAAGGAGGAAGCGCGGGUGAUGAUUGAAGAAAUGGAGCAAAUGGGCCGUGAUUUGGCAAGCCGAUACAAGAACGUCGAACUUCAAGCAACACAACUCUCCACAUUGCCCGCCUCAAUUGAGAAUCUCGAGUCCACUAUCGCCGGUCUUCGCGCUAAACAGGUCGCCAACAUGGACCCUUCCGAUCCUCACAAUAUUUCUUCGUCGCAAAACCUUCCCCUUCCGGCGACCUUGACACUGUUGACAGAACGUGAGGCGGAACUAGCAGCGCUGAAUCGUCAGUUGGCUGCUGUGAAGAACACGCUGCCUCGGAAAACUCGAGAGGCGGAGGCAAUGGAGAGGGAGCGCAGUGUACUCGAGCGACGUAGGUCGGAGGCCAUUGCGCAAGCUCAAGAAGCACAACGAAAGAAACAACAGGGCGAAAGUGAUGGGUUAGAGGAAAUGGGUCGGUGGUACCGGGGCGCUGAGGAGAUACUUAAAGAAUUGGUGGGAACCGAGGUAUGA